AUGGAGGGUUACGGGUCAGGUCACCGGCCUUACGGCGGUGACCGGAGGAUGGACGUGGUGAGCGGUAAAAGUCACGGUUGGAGUGGGAGUCGGACACCGGAAUCAACUGAGGGAAGUGAAAAACCGUGGAGAUUUAGCGAUCCAGAAGCGAAGAGAAAGAAAAGGAUAGCGAAGUACAAGGUUUACGGGGUGGAAGGGAAGGUUAAGUCUACGCUCAAAAAAGGACUUCGAUGGAUCAAGAAAAAAUGCUCUCAGAUCACUCAUGGUUACUAG